CUCGUCGUCAACCCCGCCCCCAAGGUCUCGCCCCGCCCCAGCCCCGCCUUCCAGCGGUUGUCCGAGCCUCUACCCGCCCUGCGAGCCUCGUCCCGCCCUAUCCACGCCUCCAAGGCGUGGUUCUCGUCUGCAGCCCCACCUAGGCCUCGCCCCGCUCCAGCCGCGCCUUCCGGGCUUGAUCCUCGCCCCACCCCAGCCACGCCUUCUGGACUUGGUCCUAGUCUCUAGCCCCGCCCCGUAGCCGCGCCCCAGCCCCGCCUUCUGGACUUGGUUCCGGUCUCUGGCUGCGCCCCUGAGCCUUGCCCAAUUCCAGCGACGCCUUCCGGGCUUGGGCCUCGCCUCUAGCCCCGUCCCCGGGUCUCGCCCCUCCCCAGCCACGCCUUCCGGACUUGGUCCCCGUCUCUAGCCCCGCCUCCGAUCCUCGCCCCACCCCAGCCACGCCUUCCGGACUUGGUCCUCGUCUCUAGCCCCGCCUUUGGGCGGUGCCCCGCUCCAGCCACGCCUUCCGGGCUUGGUUUUUGCCUCUAGCCCCGCCCCAGGGCCUCGCCCCGCUCCAGCCUCGCCUUCUGGGCUAGGUCCUGGUCUCUAGCCCCGCCUCCGAUCCUCACCCCACCCCAGCCACGCCUUCCGGACUUGGUCCUCGUCUCUAGCCCCGCCUCCGAGCUUCGCCUCACUCCAGCCCCGCCUUCCGGACUUGGUCUUAGUUCCCAGUCGCGGCCAAAUCACGCCUCAGCCACGUCCCGCAAACCUCUCACUGCCUCAGCCACGCUUUCCAGGCUGGUUUCUGGUCCCCAUCCGCGGCUGGUCCGGCCCUGGGACCGAAUCACUUCCCAGCGAGAGGAAAGUCAAAUUUCUCGACCGGCUACGGGAAGGUCGCGGCCGCCGCCCUGUCAGCCGCCUCGGCGCCCCCAGGAGGACCCCUCGGGUCUCUUUAACCGGAAGCGGAAGUGCGUGUCGGCAGGAUCAUGGCGACUUUGGUCGAACUGCCGGACUCGGUCCUGCUCGAGAUCUUCUCUUACCUCCCGGUACGGGACCGGAUCCGCAUCUCCAGGGUCUGUCACCGCUGGAAGAGGCUGGUGGACGACCGGUGGCUGUGGCGACAUGUCGACCUGACGCUCUACACGAUGCGACCUAAAGUCAUGUGGCACCUCCUUCGAAGGUACAUGGCAUCCCGGCUCCAUUCCCUGCGGAUGGGUGGCUACCUGUUCUCUGGCUCCCAGGCCCCCCAGUUGUCCCCUGCUCUGUUGAGAGCCCUGGGCCAGAAGUGCCCCAACCUGAAGCGCCUCUGCCUGCACGUGGCCGACCUGAGCAUGGUGCCCAUCACCAGCCUGCCCAGCACCUUGAGGACCCUGGAGCUGCACAGCUGCGAGAUCUCCAUGGCCUGGCUCCACAAGCAGCAGGACCCCACCGUGCUGCCCCUGCUCGAAUGCAUCGUGCUGGACCGCGUCCCCGCCUUCCGUGACGAGCAUCUGCAGGGCCUGACGCGCUUCCGGGCCUUGCGCUCGCUGGUGCUGGGUGGUACCUACCGUGUGACCGAGACAGGGCUGGAUGCUGGCCUGCAGGAACUCAGCUAUCUGCAGAGGCUCGAGGUGCUGGGCUGCACCCUGUCUGCCGACAGCACCCUGCUGGCCAUCAGCCGCCACCUCCGAGAUGUGCGCAAGAUCCGGCUGACCGUGAGGGGCCUCUCUGCCCCUGGCCUGGCUGUCCUGGAGGGAAUGCCGGCCCUGGAGAGUCUGUGCCUGCAGGGUCCCCUCGUCACCCCAGAAAUGCCCUCCCCCACUGAAAUCCUCUCCUCCUGCCUCACUAUGCCCAAGCUCAGAGUCCUUGAGCUGCAGGGGCUGGGGUGGGAGGGUCAGGAGGCGGAGAAGAUCCUGUGUAAGGGGCUGCCCCACUGUAUGGUCAUCGUCAGGGCUUGCCCCAAAGAGUCUAUGGACUGGUGGAUGUAACUACUCCACCUACCCUUGGGACCCAUCCCAGUUUUCAUCGUUGAGCCCCAGACCCUCUAAGCAGCACCUUGAAGAGGGCAGAUAAUCAGACUUGAGGAAACUGAAAGCCCCAGGUUGAGAGAACAGAGGCCUAGGGACCUCCAGACCAUUGGAAUCACUGUUUGCCAGCUGUGUGGCCUUGGUCAUAUCAUCAGCCUCUGGGAAGCCUAGUUCCCACAUCUGGAAAUAAGGAUGAUCAUAGCUACCUCAUGGUUACAUUGCAAAGCCUUACUCUAAAAGCUCCCAGGCUCUCAAUGAAGAGUCACCUUCAUGGUCGUCUUCAGGAACAGGAUGGAUGAAGAAGGGGUGGGGUUAAGACUCAGGGGCACCCGAGCGUCUGAGCCCCCUUAUGAGUACCCAAGAAGGACUGUCUAUGCAUGCACACCCACAAGCCUAUACACCGUUUAUAUACCUACACGCACGCAAGAGACGCGGAGAGAUAGGCGAUGCAGACUCGCGAUUCAAUGAUCGAUAUGCUCAUAAAAGUGCUCAAUUAUAUUUUCUGUAUUUUGUAUGCUGUAUUUUCCAAGACAUAUAUUAUUUUGCUAUUAAAGAAAAAAAUCUUUUUUUUUUUCUCGA